UCCUCUCUUCGCACACAAUGGUGCCGCUCGUUGCAGAGAAGACCUCAUCAGGUCGGGAAUACAAGGUUAAAGAUAUGUCUCAAGCCGAUUUCGGUCGCCUCGAGAUCGAGCUCGCCGAAGUCGAGAUGCCUGGUUUGAUGUCUUGCAGAACCGAAUUCGGCUCUGCGCAACCCUUUAAAGGAGCUAGAAUAACUGGUUCCCUUCACAUGACCAUUCAAACUGCCGUUCUCAUCGAAACUUUAACUGCUCUGGGUGCUGAGGUUCGCUGGUGCUCCUGUAACAUUUUCUCUACACAGGAUCAUGCCGCUGCCGCCAUCGCUCGUGACAGUGCUGCCGUUUUCGCGUGGAAGGGUGAGACCCUUCAGGAGUACUGGUGGUGCACUGAGAGGGCUCUUGAUUGGGGUCCUAAUGGUGGUCCACAUCUCAUUGUUGAUGAUGGUGGUGAUGCUACUUUGCUCAUCCAUGAGGGAGUGAAAGCCGAGGAGGAGUUCGAGAAGACCGGGAAGAUGCCAGAUCCGGCCUCGACUGAUAACGCUGAGUUUCAGAUCGUGCUUACGAUUAUUAGGGAUGGGUUGAAGACUGACCCAAAGAAGUAUCGCAAGAUGAAGUCGACUUUGGUUGGUGUUUCUGAGGAGACCACCACCGGUGUCAAGAGACUGUAUCAGAUGCAAGCUAACGGCACAUUGCUAUUCCCCGCCAUUAAUGUUAAUGACUCUGUUACCAAGAGCAAGUUUGACAACCUCUAUGGAUGCCGCCACUCCCUCCCUGAUGGCUUGAUGAGGGCCACAGAUGUUAUGAUUGCCGGUAAGGUUGCUGUGGUCUGUGGUUAUGGAGAUGUUGGCAAGGGCUGUGCUGCUGCCCUCAAGCAGGCUGGUGCCCGUGUCAUUGUGACUGAGAUCGACCCUAUCUGUGCCCUCCAGGCUUUGAUGGAAGGUAUUCAGGUUUUGACCCUUGAAGAUGUGCUGUCAGAAGCUGACAUCUUUGUUACCACCACUGGAAAUAAGGACAUUAUCAUGGUCGACCAUAUGAGGAAGAUGAAGAACAAUGCCAUUGUCUGCAACAUAGGUCACUUUGACAAUGAGAUCGACAUGCUUGGUCUCGAGACAUUCCCCGCCGUGAAGAGGAUCACAAUCAAGCCCCAGACAGACAGGUGGGUCUUCCCGGACACCAAAUCGGGCAUCAUCAUAUUGGCUGAGGGGCGUCUGAUGAACCUUGGAUGUGCCACUGGCCACCCCAGCUUUGUGAUGUCUUGCUCGUUCACCAACCAGGUUAUUGCUCAGCUUGAGCUCUGGAAGGAAAAGAACACUAGCAAGUAUGAGAAGAAGGUCUACGUUCUACCCAAACACCUUGAUGAGAAGGUCGCAGCACUUCACCUUGGAAAACUCGGGGCCAACCUCACCAAGCUUUCUCCUGACCAAGCAGAGUACAUUAGUGUGCCUGUUGAGGGUCCAUACAAGCCUCCACACUACAGGUACUAAGAUCUGGAGAGAGAGCCGAAGAUUCAAAGCAUUGAUUAUUUUGGUUUUUUUUUUUUAAAUUAAAUAUUUCUAGUUUAUCAAGGUAGUUUUGUGAUGGCUGGAGAUGGGAGGAGAAGGAAGGGGGAGAGAGGAGUGAAUGGGCCUCUGUUAGAAUAGUUAACAAGAAGACCUUGGGUUUUGAAUAAGGGUGAGAUGCUUGUGGGUUUGUUUGGAUGGAUAUGAUAUUCAAUGAAUGAAAAGUUGCGUUUCAGUACA